ACAGAAAGCUUGAUAAGUGAACAAGAUAGCACAGGACAUUCAGCUGGUCUGGACGACCAUGGAGUCACAAAAGAAAGUAGUUUAAUCUGUGGGAAUAAAGUUUGUCUGUCACACUUGCUCGAUCUUGUUAUUGUAUUGAUGGCUGCCGCGGGAAAUUUUACUACAGCAAACAGCGAAGCAAGCGCGGAGCCUAAAGACAAAACCGACGAAGCUGAUUUUGAAAAUACCGCGAACCCGUUCAAGGCGUUUUCCUUAAGGUUAUGGAGAAGGGGAGUUAAGAGUGCUGGUCUGUUAAGAGAUAAAACAAAAACAACAGUUUCUGAACGUGACACGGAAGAAAACUGCAAGAAUGAUGCUGUUGCCACGUGUGAUGGUAUCUAUGAAAACAAAGAGGAAAAUGAAAUUCGACAAUGUGGAAGCCAGCAGGUAGCAUCGAAAUCGUUCACGGGUAAAGAAGUGAAUGGAAAAAACAAUAAUUUAACGGAGAAGAGAUCUUUGAGGAGUUUACCCUCAUCUCUGGGGAAUGAAAACUUUGAAAGAACCAAAGAGGCGAGUGGAGACAACAAUUCAGUCCAAGCCUCGCAGCAUGCGCAGAAGAAACAGAGAAGAAAGCUCCCACAAUUGAAAGAAUCUUUUGCAGGGAAGACUGCAGAGGAAAAGGGGGGGUUAACGGUCUCAGUCAAGAAAUUGCAAAUGGAAACCGAAACUCUCCGGAACGAAGCGCAAGCUCUGAGGUCUCAAUUAGAGGUACUGGUAAAGGACAACAAGGAUGUAAAAGAUUCUUUAGCAAGCGAAAAAACGGAAAGAGAGAAUGCAAUACAGAAAUGUAAAGAACUUCAGCGAAAAUUAGAUGAGCACGAUAAGGGAUCUCGAGAGCGUGCGUUUUUGCUCAAUUCUCGAUUAGAGCGACUGCAACAUGCUAAACUGGCAGCUGACCAAGGCUGCCUAAAGUUCAGCCUCAGACAAGAACGUUUUGAGGUGUACGAAGAGCAAGCGACGCUACUGUGCAAGAAGUCAACAGAGAUUGUUAAAAAAGAACUGGAAGAAAGACGCGGUUUGUACGCUGUUGAACAUCGCACAUUAGAUGACUUGCCUUCAACUGGCGAUGGAUUAACAAUGUACGAAGCACAUAGAGAACUUCAAAACAACAUUGUGGAGCUCAUUAAGAGAUACAGAGCUGACUUAAAGCUACUUACAGGGACGAGAGACGGAGAAGAGAGAGAAAAUUCUGAAGAAUUCAUACGUGACUUUUAUGGAAAAGAAUCCAUCGGUUAUCUUUCUACCAUAGAAGAAAGGCAAGAUUCA